GGGUCCAUAGCCAAUGGGGUUUCACACUCAUGGGUGCACCGUCUCAGCGUGUGAUCCCCCCACCCCUCCCUCCUCUGACAGAGCCUGCCUUUUGUUUUAAAGACGCCUAACGAGGCGACGCGUUAAAGCACGCAGGCACUGGGAGCUGUGAGGGAGUCUUUCAUGGAGCCCGGAGUGGAGAGGCGCUAAGCCGGAGCUCCAGCUGUGUCGACAUCCGUCUGCAAACUCGAUGUGGACGGCGAAACGAAACGCCUUUGACUGGAAUCCAUCCUCCAACCUCGAGGAGCAACACACACACACAUACACACACACACCGAGGGGAUAGUGUUGUUAGUGCUGGCGUGGCUGCCCUGUGUCGUCAGGACUGCAGGGAUGUGAAUGCACCGAGCUCAUUUUGCUCUUCUUUCCGGUGAUGCCUCUCACUCGUCAGAGCCCAGCGGACACUUUCUUCACGGCAGUUGGGAAGGCGAUGGCUGAGGCGACGUCCUAACGUCUCUUUUCUUGCGCUUUUGUCCUUCUUUUUUCUUUGCUUUUCCGGAGGAGUCAAAACACCCGCGGACACUUGGCCGCGUCCUCCUAACGGCUUGUGUCCACUUUGUGUUGGUACGCUUGCUGAAAACAAGGCGACGGAGCGAGAGAAAAUUCCCAAGGUGCCGUGCGGUCUCUUUCCAGCCCUUUUCACCUCGUUUGAUCACCUCGCCGCCACCAGCGAAAUGUUUUACUGAGCUGCUGCGAUUUCACACUCUUUUCCUGACACCUCUGGAGGGGAAGGGGCUCGUUUUCAGUCGCCACACCGUCAUUAAGAUAACUGUGGACGCGCCAGCCUUCAAAAGGAGGCACGUCGGACCAUUGAGCGCUCGCGCGUACAAGCGGAAAAGGGCGGGAACUCAUCAUCGUCUCUUCCCGGCUUAACGUUUCACUUCAAGUUUGUUUUGGUUUAGUUUGGGGUCCGUCAUGGAUCUGAAAGCCGAGUCCGACGACAACCUGGACUGCGAGCGGCCGGCGCCCAUCGAAGUUUUCGCCAGCCGGUCCACGCUGCACGGCAUCGCGCACAUGUUCACGUAUGAGCGCGUGUGCAUCAAGCGCUGCCUGUGGAUCGUCUUCUUCAUCGGCUCCUUCUCCUUCCUCGUGCUGGUGUGCGUGGACCGCGUGCAGUUCUACCUGCAGUACCCGCACGUCACCAAGCUGGACGAGGUCACGGCGCCCAUGAUGACGUUCCCCGCCGUCACCUUCUGCAACCUCAACGCCUUCCGCUUCAGCCGCGUCACGCGCAACGACCUGUACCACGCGGGAGAGCUGCUCGCGCUCCUCAACGGCAGAUAUGAGAUCCGGGACACUCACCUGGUGGAGGAGAGCGUUCUGGAGACGCUGAAGGUCAAGGCCGAUUUCCUGACCUUUAAACCCCGCCCCUUCAACAUGCGCGAGUUCUACGAUCGGACUGGCCAUGACAUCAAGGACAUGCUGCUGUCCUGCUACUACCGAGGGGUCGAGUGCAGUGCAGAGGACUUCACAGUGAUCUUCACUCGGUACGGUAAAUGCUACACCUUCAACUCGGGCCAAGACGGACGGCCACUCCUGGUGACCAUGAAAGGAGGGAUGGGUAACGGUCUGGAGCUAAUGCUGGAUAUUCAGCAGGAUGAGUACCUGCCAGUGUGGGGAGAGACAGAUGAGACAUCGUUCGAGGCUGGCAUCAAAGUGCAGAUCCACACUCAGGAUGAGCCCCCGUUCAUUGAUCAGCUGGGUUUCGGAGUGGCGCCGGGCUUUCAGACCUUCGUGUCCUGCCAGGAGCAGAGGUUGACGUAUCUUCCUCCUCCGUGGGGAGACUGUAGAGACGCUCCAAUGGACUCAGACUUCUUCAGCACGUACAGCAUCACGGCCUGCCGCAUUGACUGUGAGACACGAUAUCUGGUGGAGAACUGCAACUGCCGCAUGGUGCACAUGCCCGGAGAUGCUCCAUACUGCACUCCAGAACAAUAUAAAGAGUGUGCAGAUCCAGCUUUGGAUUUUCUGGUGGAGAGAGACAACGAUUACUGCGUGUGUGAGACGCCCUGCAACAUGACGCGUUAUGGCAAAGAGCUGUCUUUCGUCAAGAUCCCCAGCAAAGCCUCGGCCAAGUACCUGGCCAAGAAGUUCAACAAAUCAGAGCAGUACAUCUCGGAUAAUAUCUUGGUCCUGGACAUCUUCUUCGAGGCCUUGAACUAUGAGACGAUUGAACAGAAAAAGGCCUAUGAGCUGGCUGGGUUACUCGGUGACAUUGGUGGCCAAAUGGGUCUUUUCAUUGGAGCCAGCAUUCUGACCAUUUUGGAGCUCUUUGACUAUCUUUACGAGGUGAUCAAGUACAAGCUGUGCCGCUGCGCAAAGAAGAGCCACAAGCGCAACAACAACAAUGACCGGGGAGCCGUGCUGAGCCUGGACGAUGUGAAGCGUCACGCUCCCUGUGAAAACCUCCGCACGCCCUCCACAUAUCCUGCCAACAUUCUACCUCACCAUCCAGGGCAGGGCAACUUUGAGGACUUUACCUGCUGAGUCAAUCACAAGAGGAGACGAACAACCAAAGUCGACCGCAAAUCACCGACUCAACCUGGACGUCGUGGAAUUUCUUUCUGUUUUUUUUGUGUUUUUCUUCCUGCCUGGAUGUUUUAGAGCAGGCAGACCACCGUAGAUCACGUGAACAUAACAUCACAGACGACAACAGUGACAAUAUCUUGAAAGAAAAAAAAUACAGAAGUGUAGUUUUGACGCCGUUCCACCACCAAACUUUCUAACAUUUCGUAAACAUGUAAAGGAAUCUGGAACACUGCCUCAAAAAACGGAAGAAGCUCCUUCUUAACGAAGCCUUUGGAACAUUCUUGCGCUCUCUACGUAACUCGAACUGGCAUCCAAUCGAAAGGCUUCUUGUGGGCGGAGCCCCCGAUGCCUUUUUUUCUGUACAUAGCGACGGCUCUACACUGUCUUACAAUGAGUGGCUUAAUUAGAUUGUUAGAAAUAAUAUAGCGCUUAUUUCCACUGUACAUGUAGCAGCAUUCGUGACGACUGGUGGACGCCACCGAGGGUUCCAUCCAGACUCGAUGUGUCUCGUUUAAGAAUGUAACACGUACCACCAGGCAGGAUGAGAUUGGCCCUUCAGUGGGGAAGAAAUCUGACCGUGGUCUCAUCUUGUGACUGCAUGCUUGUAUUCGUCCUCCUGUGCAUGUUUUCAGUUUUUUUGUUUGAGUAAUCAUUCUUAUCGCCAAGUUUGCCUCAAUUAUAUACAGGUAUUGAAGGACGAUGUGGCCCUCCCUAACUGUUAUAGUGUGUAUGUGUGUGUGCGUGACUGUUUGGGUGCCUUAAACCCUACAAAAUGUGCGUGUGGUUGGUUUUCUGCAGCGUCUGAGCUGCGAGCGUGAGCGUGAAUGAUCCCUCUACUAAUUAUUUUACUCUGUGUAUGAUGACGUGAACUAUCUUCGUGUGUGUGUGCGGUUUACGGCUUAUCGAUGAAGUAUCCUCUCCAUUUGAAUUAUGCGAGAUGAUUAUUUUCUCCAACUGUUGCUGUUGCAAAUGUCAUAUCAAAGCACAAGACCACCAAUAUGUAAAAGGUGAUGUAAAAGAAAGGCAGAAUACUAUUCUUACUGAGACUAUUACCGUCAUGAUAUUCAGAACCAUCGUUACUCUAUUAAUCUAACGUUUUUUGUUUUUCUACUACGGGAAAAAAACAUAUACACAUUGCCUGAUAGUCCAGUCGUCAUCUUUACAGAUAAUAGGCUGUUCUAUUUAUCUAUGAAGGUAUAAUAAAUAUCAUUGAGAAUUUUA